CCAUCGCCAAUUAUAAACCCCAGAGCAUCGCUGUUGAGCAACUUUCCUGGUCACAGGCCGAUGUGGAAACAGAAUAACGAAAAAAAGGCACCUUUCUAUGAGACAUGGCAGAGCCUGUGGUGCAGCAACUAUCGAUCAAAGAUCGCAUUGCCGCACUGAAUCUGGGGCAGGUAGGCCGAGCCCCUGACAAGAGUCCUGCCGUCAAGCUAUCGAGCAUCCAAGAGCCUUCACAUCGCGAAAGGCCUCCGCUGCCUCUCAAGCGGCCAGAACCAACAGUAAGAGGACAGUCGGUCAAUGUACCCAUCCUUAGAGAUCACGGCCCCUCUUCGACACAAACGGUGGGCAAUGAGCCCAUUGGCCAGGAUCAGAAUAUCAUCUCGCCUCCACCUCUAACACAGAAUGCAAAGCGGCACGCCGAUGCGCCCAAUCGACAACCACCUCCCGCUCUCCCUCCACGGCGACUUUCUGAGCAGGUCCCGCCGAGUCUACCGCCACGAAGACCUUCUGAACAGUCGCUAUCUAGUAAAAGGGUCUCGGAGCGCCAAACCCCUAUUCUACCCCUGCGUCGUCCUUCCGAGCAGCAGCAGCUACGAACCAGAGGUUCCAAAGAGUCAUUCUCUUCUAUUGCAACUAGGUCCUCCACAUCAACCGGUGCUCUACGCACAAGCACGUCCCAAUCUAGCUUGUCUGAUGUUCAGCCAAACCGAACCUUGCCUCCCACUUAUGAUCCUGCGGCUGCACCCCCGCUUCAUCCAAAACGCUUGAAUCUGCAAAACGUCGAUAAUGAGGCAAAAGCGGCAGGCCAACCGUCAAGCAAAAGUGAUCGUGCACGCCCCGCCCUUCCUCCGCGGUUGCCUCCUCGAAAAUCAAAGGAGCGAACCGAAACGGCACAAUUGAUGCCAAAGACGAACCCAACUUCUUCAAGACCAUCAGCUUUAUCUUUUGCUCUCAAUAAGAAUACCGAAACUCCACCGCCAGUUCCCGUAACCAGGCCCACAGAAGUCCCGACCCAAAGAGGACUAGAAGGAUACGAUCAAGGAUUGCCUCCACCAAUUCCAUUGGCUUCAAGACCGAAACCUUUGGCUGCGAACGCUACCCAACAACUUCAUUCGCAGCAUCUGUCGUGCCUGAAAUGCUGGGACUUUACUGUCCCGGAUAAUCACGCCGCUCGCUUUCCUCGGGACACUUUACCUUCGUUGUCCAUCGAGUGGCUGGCUUCUGAAUUGACGUCCCCAUUACAAUCUGUCGUCGACAAGUUCCGUGCAAUCUUCACCUGGCUCCAUCACAAUAUCGCAUAUGAUGUUGACGCUUUCUUCAAUGAUAAUGUCAAACCCGCCACACCCAUCUCGACUUUAACCUCUGGGCUUGCUGUUUGCGAAGGCUAUGCAGGUCUAUUUGCUGCGGUAGCAACAAAAGCUGGUCUCGAGUGCAUCGUGGUUGGAGGGCAUGGAAAAGGGUACGGCUUUUUAGCCCUGGAACCUGGUGCUCCCAUCCCUGCUUUUCACUCUCAACACGCGUGGAAUGCGAUCAAGUUGGAUGAUGGAUCUUGGAAACUCAUUGACGCGUGCUGGGGUGCCGGCAGUGUGCAGGGAAAGGGCAUGCCAUACGUUCCAUCCUUCAAUUCGACACAGUUCACCAUGACGAAUGAAGAAUUUGGCCUCAGGCACUAUCCGACAGAUCGCGCCCAUCUCUUCCGUUCCGACGGACGCGAAAUCACCUGGGAGGAAUACUUCAUUGGGGAUAAAGGAGGCGAGCUUCGACAGCUUUUUGGGAAGCCGGAAGACGAUCAUGGCUUCAGCAGUGACAGCUUUGUCCCACGUUAUAAGACCAUUUCGGUCUUUGGGUCAACGGAAAUAACUAGGUUCCAGUUCAUGCCUAUUUGCGAACAUUGGGACUUUGAUCGCAUGGGUAAGGGGAAACCUUAUGUUUGUGUAUUGAUAGUUGAAGGAGUUGAUGGCCGCCAAAACGACCGCGUCCCCUUUGAAACAAAUGGUCGUGUCUGGUGGCUGGAUAUUCCGACACGUCAAUUAGGCUCCCCGGGUCAAAAGGUAACCAUUGCUGCUAUUACCAAAUUCAAUGGCAACGACGGCCGUGGACUCAGCAUUACAGAAUUCGCGCAGAAGAAGGGUAAAGUGAGCAUGGCAUGGUCUUACAUAGCCGCCUGGGACCUGAUUUGAAAAUAUCGACCUGGUGCGCAACAGAAUAGCGCAAUUUACUACCGCCCAAAAAUUCAAAAAAGGUUUGAUGUCAUACAAAUCAAGUCGCUGCGCCUCUUCUUCGACCAGAAUCGGGGCACUUAAUAAGAUCUACAACGAGGCUUCAUUGAAACGCAUUUCAAUAUUCCCGUAACAUGACUUGCAGCUGUCUACGAGCACAACCUCAAGCAAACCGUCUCAAAGAACGAGGACGUUGUUCGUACGGAUGCCAACGCAACACAAAUACUCUGCAGCCAAAUAUGAGUGGACUGUAUGUUCUCGAUUCAUAACUGCUUUUUUCAGCAUUAUAGAAGUUUGGAUUGUUAAAUAUACCACU